GCAGCCUAGACAAAAAGAUUUAGAGAGAGAGAGAGAGGCCCUGCUUUGUAGGAGGCAAUUGCAGGAAGGAAGGGCUGAGCUUUCUAAAUGGAAAAAACAGAAUGCAACAAGUUUUCUCUCUCUUUUCAUUGAUCAGAACCCUGAAUUUCUACAUCCAGGGUCCUGAAGUAUUGGCGGCGAGCAGUUACGGUAGAGGAGGAGGGGAAUUUCCGGCGUGUAUUCUGACUCAUAAAUAUUGACCGGAAUUUCAAUAUGGCCUCCGUGACUGCUCCGUCCCCGGAAUCUCAAUCACCGCCUCCUCUAUCCGACUCUAAACAAUCUUCAUCUCCAUCGUCAUCGCCUUCUAAAAAUUCAACAUCACCUCCACCAACAAAAUCACCACCACCAUCGUCACCACCACCGUCAUCACCGCCACCCGCUUCUCCUCCUCCACCAACUGCAAAAUCCCCUCCCCCUAAACCUUCUCCUUCCCCACCACCACCUGAAAAAACCGAAUCCCCGCCGCCAACUACAUCGCCAUCACCACCUGCACCAAAUGGCUCACCGCCACACUCACCACCACCACCACCGUCAUUAGUACUAUCACCGCCUCCUCCUACUACUGUUGCUUCCCCACCACCGCCUUCUACAACAAAUUUCACCAAUCCAGGCUCACCCAGCUUGGCUUUGCCACCUCCUCCGUCACUUGUACCAAUACCGCCAUCUUCUAUCUCAGUGCCUCCACCUCCACACACGUCGAGCAAGUCACCGCCUUCAUCCUCUAGUCACCACCACUCACCAACAUCAUCAUCGCCACCACCAUCAUCAUCAUCAUCGUCAUCAUAUACAGGAAUUAUUGUAGGAGCAGCCGUGGGUGGUGGCAUUGUGGUUCUUGCUAUGAUCAUCAUUUGUUUGGUAUGUUUCUUGAAGAAAAAGAAUAAGAAGCAGUACUAUAUGGAUCCUAUUCCUCCCCGUGGACCUCAAGGUGAAUAUUACAACGGUUUGACAAACUGGAACAGUCCUCAACCGGGAGAACACAUCGUGAAGCUUCCACCGCCACCAGGCCUAAUGGGGACUCCUCCAGGCGGUGUUGGUGGCUGGGCCGGACCUCCUCCUCCAGCCCCAGUCCUCACAAGCAGUGAAUACAGUUCUGGAUACUUAGACCCCAGUCACCACACUCCCAUCCCACCCCAAUCCCCUCUAGGCCUCAACCAGAGCACCUUCACUUAUGACGAGCUUGCUGCCGCCACUGGCAGCUUUUCUGAGGCCAAUGUGUUGGGCCAGGGUGGGUUCGGGUACGUGCAUAAAGGCGUGUUGGCAAAUGGGAAGGAGGUGGCGGUGAAGAGUCUCAAGACGGGUAGCGGGCAAGGAGAGAGGGAGUUUCAGGCGGAGGUUGAAAUCAUUAGCCGCGUUCAUCAUCGCCACCUUGUGUCGCUUGUUGGGUAUUGUAUUGCUGAUGGGCAGAGGAUGUUAGUAUAUGAAUUUGUUUCCAACAAGACCUUGGAACAUCAUCUUCAUGGGAAAGGUCAGCCAACCAUGGACUGGGCAACUAGGUUGCGGAUUGCAUUGGGAUCAGCCAAGGGGCUUGCUUACCUUCAUGAAGACUGCCACCCUCGAAUUAUCCAUCGUGACAUCAAAGCCGCUAACAUUCUACUUGAUGAUAAGUUUGAAGCCAUGGUGGCAGAUUUUGGAUUGGCUAAACUCUCUUCUGACAAUUUCACUCAUGUUUCUACACGUGUCAUGGGGACUUUUGGGUACUUGGCUCCAGAAUAUGCAUCAAGUGGCAAACUAACUGAUAAAUCUGAUGUUUUCUCCUUUGGAGUGAUGCUCUUGGAACUCAUAACUGGUCGGAGACCAGUGGAUCCUACCAAUAAAUUCAUGGAAGACAGCUUAGUAGACUGGGCGAGGCCACUCCUAACCCAUGCAUUGGAAGAUGGCAACUAUGACGAGCUGGUGGAUCCACGCCUAGAAAAUAACUAUGAACCCCAAGAGAUGGCACGCAUGGUCGCUUGUGCUGCUGCCAGCAUCCGUCAUUCUGCUAGGAGGCGCUCGAAGAUGAGCCAGAUUGUACGUGCAUUAGAAGGAGAUUCAUCCCUGGAUGACUUGAAUGAUCUUGGAAAGCCAGCAGGCCAAAGCUCUGCCUAUAGCCCAAGUACAGGCUCCGACACACAAACAUAUGAUACUGGUGCAUACAAUGCUGACAUGGUGAAAUUCAAACAGAUGGUAAUGUCAGGCCAAGAUUUCCCAAGCAGUGAAUACGGCGCAACCAGCGAAUACGGCCUCAAUCCGUCCUCUUCUAGUGGCGAUUCGCGGGAGUUGGGCAACUCCGGGAACCAAAAGCGCCAAAAUCUAUAGAGCAAGCACACGAGAUUCUGUAUACCCAUUAAUAUUAUACCCUAUCCUAGUGUGAAUAAACAGGAGAAAAAGGAACAGAUGAACUGUCUUGACUCGACAAGACCAGACACAAUCGUUCGGGUGGGUGACGAUACCUUACAAAUUAAUUUGAUAUAUUAUGUUUAUAACUCUUGACUUUGUUUAUUUGAAAAAAACUCACAAAAAAAAAAAAUGAAAAUUCAAAAGCGUUCGGCCGGAUGAAA